CAACGACGCACGGCUGCGACCUGCAAGCCGCCAUUUGGAUUUUAGUCAAAUCUGCCAGCGACCCACGCCCGCCUGUUGCUUCCACAAAACCCCAGUCACGGCUGCUCGUUGCUGAACUGCUAGCUCCCAGCCUUACUCCGGAGCUACCUACCUACCUACCUACCUAUAGAGCUACCUGUCAACAGCUUGCCUGCUUAUCCCAUCCAACCGAUCUACACCGUCGCCCAUCCGUAGCAUCGCACACAGCGAGGCCGACCAUUGGGUGCCCGACCCCGCCGUGGCCCUAUACCAUGAACGAUCGACGGACUUGGGAGGGCGGUAUGGACUUCGAAUACAAUGAUGGUCGUGGGCCAGUCAAUGCGUCAAGUCCCUUCCUGCAAGGUCUACGAGGCCAAAGGCUCCAGACCUUUGGCACCCCGUCAAGAAUCUCGGGUCCAAGCAAUCCGUUCGCAAAACCCGACGACGUCGCCAUGGCAGCCUCUCCUUCCAAAUCGCAACCCCCGCCGCCGUCGUCCAUGUUCAGGCCGAACCUGCAAAACAGGCCUCAGGCGCCGGCCUUCCGUAAUCCCGCCUUCAUCACACCGCAGCGCCGGUUUGACGAGCCUGCGGCCGAAAUGUCUGGCGCCGAGACCAGCCCGGCCCUGACGGACGCUUCGGACGCGCCGACCGAGACACCCGAGCCCGACAGCCGCGACGACUUUCGCAACAUGACCAUCACGCCCGCCACACGGAGGAACAUCUUUGGCGGCGCCGCCUCUCCCAGCAAGAGCGUGCACGCAUCAGGACGAGGCGAGCUGCCCCGGGCCCGGGACGCGCGCCCGCGCGACAAGAUCCGGAAGCGCAAGCGACAGUUUGGCGACAGGGACGUGGGAAGCGUACGUCCGCGGCUGAACCACGAGUCGGACGAGUCGGAUAGCGACUGGGAGGGCCAGGAGGGCGACGGGCGCGGCAAAGCUGGUAGCGGCCGGCGCGGGCGACGCGGGGGUUCGGGUUGGUUCAGCAGCUUCCUGACGGCGAUCCACGACCACCCCAACGCACCCGUCAUCAUGUCGUGGUGGAUUCAGUGCGGCGUGAAUCUCUUCUUCGCGCUCAUGGGCGUGGCGCUGUUCGCGGCGAUGGGGUCCAUGAUCGUUUCUGACUUCCGCUAUGCGGCCGGCGAGGCGCGGUCCAGGCUGCUGGCCGAGAUGGAGGCGUGCACGCACGAGUACACCAAGAACAGGUGCGCCCCCAAGGCGGACCGGCUGCCGGCGCUAGCCAUAGUGUGCGACGAGUGGGAAUCGUGCAUGAACCAGGACCCGGAGAAGAUCAAGAGCCUGGCCAUCUCAUCCAAGCACAUGGCCGUCACCAUCAACGAGUUCUUCAAUGUGCUCAGCUUCAAAGCAUGGGGAUUCAUCCUGUCGCUCGUCAUUGUCUUUUUGCUGGCCAACAACCUCGGAUUCAGCAAGUUCCGGCAGUCGAUGAGCACAGACGAAGGCGGAGCGAGCGCGCCGGCGCCGUCGCGGCCGGCCUCGUCGGGCCCUCCGCAGCACCUCUUCCCGCCGUCGCAGGACCCCAAGCAGGCCUUCAUCUGGGCGCCCGUCACGCCCAAGAACCUUAGAAGGGGCAUCUUCCUCAGCGACACGCCCGAAACGGAUGACUCGCCUCAGUCAGAGGUCAAGGCCAUCAUGCCGAAUGAGACACCCUCGAGGCGCCUGAGCCCCAGCAAGACGGAGCGGGACCGCGGCUACGAGAGGGGAUACUCGCACAGUCCCAGCAAGAACCGGAGCCCAACAAAAUACUACUAAGAUUUUGAUGUGUGUUUGGUGGUUUUUGGCUGGCUGCUGGGCGGGCUGUAAUAAUUGGAUCAUGACCACACACUCUUUUUUUUUCUUUUUCUUAUGUUCUCCUCUGUAUGGAAAUCCCAUUGCUGGGUGUCGGGGUGCACGUUUUGAGUGCUCUGCCUGACUUCUUCUACACGUGUCUAUCUUCUUUUGAACCGUGGCACUUUGGCUUUUCUUUAGUUUGUUCUUGGCGACUGCUGGCACCGGGGACGGGAAAAGGGGCAUUUGGGAAGCAAAAGGCGGGCGGGUGUGACAAAAUGCAUGGAUGGGCGGCUGUCUCGGAUGGACCCUGCAUCUCACAACGAUUGUGUGCAACGUCGCCAGCCGGCCGGGCCAUGGCGAUAUGGGUACCUAGAUCACAAAUGCAGAU